CGCAGUGACGUAUCUGACGCUAACUAGCUUAACCUGGUCAGAGUCACCGAGGAGGACUAACACACACACACACCAUGCUGAAGAUACCCACGCUGACGGUUGAGAGCCCGUCCUGCCUCUGGGGUCGGGUUGUUCGGGGUCCCGGCAGUGACGUGGAGACCACAGACCAGUACGACAGACUGCUGGCUCAGAUGAACCUCUUCUACCACGACGUCACUCAGGACCUGCGCAAGCUGAAGCCCACAUCGUUAGAGGAGGGACAGGUGUGUGUGGUGUACUGGUCGGUGAUGAAGUCGUGGUGUCGGGCCGUGGUGGAGUCGAUCAUUAUGGACUCGGUGUCCUGUCAGGCUCGCUGCCUCCUUGUGGACCACGGAGAACGUCUCGUCGUCCCCUCAGAACAGAUCCGAAUCGCUAUGCAGACUUUCCUCCAGCUGCCCUUCUGGGUGAGAAAGUUCCACCUGGCAGGAAUCAAACCAACAACCCUGCGGGUUUCCGUCCACGAGGAGAAGGCAGGGCUCAUUCCCUCCACUCAGUGGGACAGCUCUGCUACACUCUACCUGCACAACCUGCUACAAGCGUCGACUCGGGCCGAGGCCGUGUUGCUCGAAUCCGAGUCAGACUCCACCUCCGUUGAGCUCUACCUGACCGUAGGGAACGUCAAGAUCUGUGUGAACGACGAUCUAGUGGCCAAGAAGUUUGCGUAUUACAUCGGCGGUCUGGACGAGGUGGACCGACUUCCCUUCAUGUUGUCUUCCAGCAUCUUAACCCAAACCGUCUGCACGACCUCAAUCAAGCCAACGGCACAAACAACCCAACCACCUCAAACGAUUUCUUCAAGCCCUGGUUCGGCAGUUGGAGCCGGUGAUUGGCUGACGGCUCCCUCCACACCUCAGAGACGACAACAGGGGCUGAAGGCCUCUGAGGAAGGCGGCGGGUCAAAGGUCACGGACCAACAGAAUGGCUCAGACUCUGCUGCUGCAGAGAGCGACUCUUCGGAGGAAACAGACUCGUCUCUGGCUGCAGCUCUGACCAAAGACCUCAGUCUGUUCAGGUUCCUGAAGUUUCUGAAUCCUGGCAGCAGCUUCCAGCAGGCGGCUCCCACUGUCAGUCAGCAUGAAGAGAUAAAAGACAGUCGACCUGAAGAGACGACUGCGGCCUCCAGAAACUUCACAGGACAGGAAGUAUUAUUCCCUCUGAACAGUGAGCCUGUAACACUGCUCAAUCAAGCUUUGCUCAAUACGAGUGGAGCUGAAGGUGUUUGUGAGAGCAGUCAGGAUGAAUAUCUGGAGGAUGAAGAUACAAGCAGUUCGAGCAGAUCAGUGGAGUCGGGUCGAGCAGAGAAGACGUGGAGGAACGAAGAGGACUGGGCCUGUUCACGCCUUUUAGAGUGGUUGAACCCGGAGCCGCUGAACCCCGAUCCAGACGCUGCAGACGACUCGGCUGCUCCCAGUGAUCCCAGGAGGAGUGGGAUUCUGGUGCACUCUGUCUUCCCAGUGGAGCCCUGCACCAGCCUGGACGAUGCCCCCCUCACAGACGCCCUCCGCUGGGUGUUGCGUAAGAAGCAGCACAGCACUCUGACUCCAGCUGAGCGUUACAGCUGGCCAGCUGUGGCCCGAGGAUGCAACACCGUCAUCGUCUCCCACAACGCCGACCAGCCUCUCAGCUACGUCGCCCCGCUCCUCACCCACAUCCUGCUCAACUCCAUCUUCACCUCCCUCACCUCCAGCACAGGGCCCAUAGUGGUGCUGCUGUGUCCAGGCUGGGAGAAGGCCCAGGCGGUGUACGACCUGCUGGAGGAGAUGAAGGUCGCCCAGGUCCUCCACCCUGUCAUCUUACUGCUGGGCGUCGGCAAAGACGAGGCCAAGGCCGUCAGGAUCCCCAAAAACUGCCUGCUGUUAGUGACCACUCCCUUCAGUCUGGUCCGUCUGCUGUCCUGCCACUGCUUCCUGUUCCUGCGUCUCUACCACCUCGUGCUGGACGAGGCCGACCAGCUCUUUACUUUGGCUCCGGAUCAGAUGGCGACCAUUUUGCAGCAUUUCCAGAAGGUGACCUCCAGCGAGGAGAAGGCUUCCUGUCCUCAGCAGCUCGUUGCCGUGGCGAAAAGAUGGACCAGUCACAUGGAAGGUUUGGUAGCCAAUCACAUGCCAUACCCCUGCAUUGUCAUGACCGUCCCUGAGGAAGCCGCUCUCUAUGGUAACGUUCAGCAGAUCAUCCUCAUGACUCUGGAGAGCAGCAAGCUCUCAGUACUGUUGGGUGCGUUGGAUUUCAACCCCGACGUCGGCCAGAAGACUCUGAUCGUAGCCAACUCUGCUCAGGAGGUUGAAGACGUGUUCAAGGCCGUGAGCAACAAAUCAGCAUUCUGCCUCAAGACCCACGAAGGGUUAACACACCAGUUUGACUUCGUCAUCCAGCAGUGGAGGAAAGACGUCGGCCCCGGCACUCAUGUUAUUCUGGUGACCACCAGCGAGUGUCUGAAGUGUCUGGGAGUCAGAGAUGCGACCUGCGUCGUCCACUACGGCUUCCCCACUUCCCCCAAACUGUUCGGCGGCCGGCUCUCCUGUAUGGCCGAGAACUUCAGGAACCUCUCUGAACGAGUUUCCUCCGAGGACCAAACGGGGAGCCGCCGUCGCCUCUCCAGGUCGGUGCUGCUGAUCUCUGAGAGGAACGCCUGUCACGUGGUCGGGGUUCUGCGUUACCUGGGCCGAACCAACGCCCUGCUUCCCCCGGAGCUGCUGUCCUUCGCUCAGGGGGUCCACGUGGCCCGGGAGGACCAGAAGACCAACAGGCCUCUCUGCAGAUACCUGAAGAGCUUUGGAGUCUGCAGAGACAGCAGUGUGUGUCCCGACCGUCACAGAUUCAUCUCCCAGCUGGACCAGUCCGUGCUUCCUGCCUCAGGAGUCAUAGAAGUCGUCCCUCUCUACAUCAAGACGGCAUCGGUGUUCUACGGCCGCGUCGUCCAGAAGGAGGACGGAGGAGGCUUUCGGAGCAUGGCGUCCGAGAUGACGGCGUACUAUGCCGACAGGAAACCUGGAGCCAAGGAGCUGCUGGAGGGAGGCUUAUACGCCGUGCAGGAGGACGAGCUCUUCCACAGGGUGAAGAUCCUGUCCGUCCCAGAGAGAGGUGACCGGCUGUUUUUCAGCGUCUUUGUCCGCUUUAUCGACGUGGGAAAGGAGGAGGAGGUCAAAUCCCAUCAGAUCCUCCAGCUCCCGGAUCAGUUCCACUCUCUGCCCGGCCAGGCCGUGGAGAUCGUCGUCUGCCGGGUCAAACCCGUCGAUGCCGAGACCGACUGGCACCCAAAGGUCACCAGAGCGAUCAACCAGAAGAUCCGAGGCCUUCAGCACCGAGCCCGAGCGGUGUUCAGUCUGGGAAACACUGUGUUUGUUGACCCCAUGGUCCGGUUGACCCAGGUUCCAGGUAUGAAAACUGUCAUCAAUGAAUACAGCGUGCAGUCAGAGAUCCUGAACACUGGGAUGGGAGUCAGCAACCAGGAGCAUCUGGACCUGCUGAGGGCGCUCUGCCAGCAAGACGAGGUCGGCGGCAGCAAGGAGGCGGGUCACAUCUCCGGGUCGGGGGAUGGUCCGGCGUCUCUGGAGGUCAGGAUCAAAGCUGAGGUGGAGGUUCUUGCCGAAGCCGUCAGAGCAGUCGAGGUCAGCAGCAUGCUCGAUGACCUUCCUCUCCUCGAGCCGUGUGAGCCGCUUAGUCCAGUAUCUCCAACGAUCCAGUCUCCGGUCCCAGAACCACAAGCACCUCCAGCAGCUAACCUUCACCUGGUCCCAGUGUGUGAUAAGAAACCCCUGCUGGACAGACAGAUAAACACCCACACAGCUGAUCUGAGGUCAGCUGAGCAGAUCAUGAGGAUCAGAGAUGGAGAACUUCGCCCUGCUUGUCUCAACCUCGCUGGAAAUGGUGACGAUCAAAGCAACAGACAGCAGGUCUUCAGCACUAAUGAGACGGACUGUGAUGACUCCACAAAAAGUUUCCACCCUCCGGCCCGUUGGUACCAGACGUCCGACUCUGUGAUCGUGACGGUGAAGCUGAGGAACCCGGAGAGCCAGCGCUGCGAUUUCUACCCCGACAGAGUCGUGUACAGUUGCAGAGCGAACGCUCGGACCUACAGAGCCGACCUGCAGCUUCACGGCAACAUCGCUGCUGAGCGUUGUUGCUGGGAGAUGAAGUCCAAUGAGCCAGUCCUCAAACUGGUCAAACAACAGCAGGGAUACUGGGAAAGACUCCUCAGGAACAAGAAUAUUUUUGUGAGUUACGACAUGGAGCACUUUGAAGAGGAGGAAGACAGAACACCAAAUGGACUGUACUUUGUGGAGGACACGGGAAAAGACAACUGGUACGUGAACUCAGAGAGCGGCAGUGAGAGCGACUGAAGAUUAAAGACAGACGCUAAGGAACAAAAGCACACGACCAACCUUUCUCUCAUCUAUUAUAAAUCUGAGAUCAUCUGUUGUACUGGUGCUGUGACCUUUGACCUCUUUAAUAUUAAAGGGAUCUGGGCAUAGAAACUCCUGCGCUGACUUUAUAAACUAUUCAGAUUUACGUUUAUUUUUCUCAAACACAAAGCAAGAUGUAAUAUGACGUUCACGUUACAGAACUCACUAUAUAUCCCAAUAUUACAAAUCAUAAAUAGGCCUGAAGGAUAUUCACAGUCUGUACAGAACGAUCAGCAGAUAAAUGGUUUUAUGCACCAUCAGCUGUCUAUUCUUUCUUUAAAAAGCUACAUGGUAUCAACCGCCAUGGUUUUGGGGGGGAAUGUUCCACACUGAGGCCAUUUAAAAUGUUAAAUUAGGCACCAAUGUGACUUUUUCAGUCCCCAUACAGAUACCUUUGGGAGUCACCAGUGUUUAAUUGAUGAGCUGUGGCUGUGAUCAUUCUUUAAAGUGUAAGGCAACAUCAGGCUUGACUUAAACAUUGAUUUUCUAUAAUACUAUACUAUAAUCCCAAACUAUAAAAAUUGAUAAAUAAUUACAGAUAUUAGUGGUUGAACGGAUCAUAAAAGUCACGUUUCGGAUUGUAUCAAUGAUCAAAGUCAGAGAUCAUUGAUGAUCCAUAUUGGCAGAUACAGAUCCUUUUGUUGUUCGAUUAUAGCAGCUGGUCUACAAGGAUCCAGAAUUUGUAUUUAUUUAUUUUUUGCCACCAUUCCAAACAUAAUUUG